AUGGCCAUCAUUACAGGAAAUAUCUGUUACGAUCUUACGGGAUUAGUUUUUGCAUUCAUAGCCAUAUUUGUGGUAUACUGUCAAUGGGCAUUCCGUUACUGGAAGGUCAGAGGUGUACCAUUUGUGGAGCCUAGGAUUCCAUGGGGCAGUCUUAAGUCUCAAAUCAACUCCACCAUAUCAAUGGGAGAAGAAUUCGCCCAGAUGUAUGCGAACGCUAAGCGAGAUGGACAUAAGCACAUUGGACUUUAUGCGGCAACAUCUCCAAUUUAUAUGCCAGUAGAUAAUGAUCUUAUAAAACGGGUUUUAGCCAAGGAUUUCAACUACUUUAAUGCUCGAGGAAUAUAUAUCAAUGAAAAGGAUGAACCUAUAGGAGCUCAUUUAUUUGCACUUGGUGGAAAAAAAUGGAAGAGCCUAAGAAGUAAAUUUACACCCAAUUUUUCAUCUGGCAAGUUAAAAUCAAUGUUUCACACUGUUAUUUCUUGUGGGAAAAUGUUAGAGAAUUGUUUAAGGACAAGGAUUAAUGCAGAUGAGCCAGUUGAUCUUAAACAAUUUAUGGGUAGUUUCACCAUCAGCGUAAUAGGUUCAUGCGCAUUUGGAAUAGACUGCAACAGUUUCGAAGACGACAAUCCCUUCAAACAGAUGGCCAAUAGAAUCGUAAACAGAACCCUUACGGAUGACGUCAGAUUUGCUGUUGCAAUUAAUUUUCCAAAAUUAGCUAGUGCUAUCAGAUUGACUUGGAUCCCGAAGACUAUUAAGGAUUUUUUCACGAAAGUUGUGGUUGAUACUGUUACGUAUAGGGAAAAUAGUAAAGUAGAUCGUAAUGAUUUCUUACAAGGACUGAUCAAUAUUAAGAACGAUCCAGAAUCAGGCGGAAAACUAAACGAAGAGACAGCUAUCACAAUGGACGAAAUAGUGGCCCAAAGUUUCGUGUUUUUUGUAGCAGGCUACGAGACUAGCGCCACCACGAUGUCAUGGGUUUUAUACGAGAUGGCAGCCAAUCCUGACAUCCAAGAAAGAGUCAGGGAAGAAAUAGAAGAAGUACUUAACAAUCACAAUGGAGAAAUCACCUACGAAUCCCUCUACGAUCUGAAAUAUAUGGGUCAAUGCAUCGAUGAAACGUUAAGGAAAUAUCCACCAAUUCCGUUCCUCACCAGAGAGUGCUCGCAAGAUUACCAGAUACCUGAGACAAACCAAGUAGUUGAAAAGGGCACAAGAGUCAUCAUACCUACGAUAGGUAUUCACUAUGAUGAGGAAUAUUAUGCUGAUCCAGAGGUAUUCGAUCCAGAGCGAUUUUCAGAAGAAAACAGAAAGAAUAUUAUUCCAUACACUUAUGUUCCUUUUGGAGAAGGCCCGAGGUUAUGUUUAGGUAUGAGGUUUGGCAUCAUCCAAGUAAAAAUAGGUAUCAUGACAGUUUUAAGGAACUAUAGACUAAGUAUAAGCAAGAAAAUGCAGAUGCCACUCAAAUUGACGCCUGCAUUUAUACCUACGCCUGAGGGCGGCCUAUGGUUAGACAUGGAAAAAAUUUGUUAA